CAAGCUCUGAACUCCGUCACCUGAACUCCGAAGCCUCACAGGGAUCGAGGUUCCCCUCGUGUUCUCGAGUUGCCCCCAUGCGAGGUUCUUUUUUUUCGUGGCUUCCGCAGCAACUCUCUCUGCUGCUGCUGCUGCUGUCUUUAAGGCCAGUCUGGACCCAGGAGCACAUUGGAACUGCCCCUUCCAAAUCCCCGGUGGCCCCCGAAUGCCCCGAGGCAUGUUCAUGUUCACCAGGCGGCAGGGCCAAUUGCUCCGCACUCGCGCUGCCCGCGGUACCAGUGGGCCUAAGCUGGCAAGUACGCUCAUUGCUGCUGGAUCACAAUCGCGUGAGCACACUGCCUCCAGGUUCCUUCGCCAAUGCAGGCGCGCUGCUAUACCUAGAUCUGAGGGAGAACCGCCUUCGGUUGGUGCAUGCGCGAGCUUUCUGGGGUCUGGGAGUGUUGCAAUGGCUGGACCUGAGCUCCAACCAGCUGGAAACUCUGUCUCCUGGCACUUUCGCGCCGCUGCGCGCGCUGAGUUUCCUCUCCCUAGCGAGUAAUCGGCUGACACUCCUGGAGCCUUCGAUCCUGGGCCCGCUACCAUUACUGCGGGUGCUCAGCCUGCAGGACAACUCACUAUCGGCACUCGAAGCGGGUUUGCUAAAUAGCUUGCCUGCCCUAGACGUGUUGCGCUUGCAUGGCAACCCCUGGGCGUGCAGCUGCUCGCUGCGCCCGCUUUGCACCUGGCUGCGUAAGCACCCGCGUCCCGCCUCAGAAACUGAGACCCUGCUUUGCGUCUCUCCAAGACUCCAGACGCUCAGCCUUCUGACAGCCUUUCCGGACUCCGCCUUCAAACAGUGCACUCAGUCACUCGCACCGAGAGACCUGGUGGUGGUCUACGCUCUCGGGCCAGUCUCUUUCCUUGCCAGUCUGGCCAUCUGCCUGGCAUUGGGCUCCGUGCUCACGGCUUGUGGUGCGCGGCGCCGCCACCGCCGCACCACAGUGCGCCACUUACUAAGGAGAGAGCUAGACCCCGGGGGCCCAGCCUCUCUGGAGGCUGCUGGGAGCCCUGGGACACCAGCUAUCCAAGCCUAAGGGGACUGCGGUUGUUUCUGGCGCUCCUGCAGCCCUCCUCACUUUGAAAACUCCCCCCCUCCCCCAAAAUCCCUGAUCCUCCCUUCACAUUCCCUGUAGGCGUCAACAAUAGACAAAACCCGGAAAUUUUCUGA